AUGUUGAGAAAUUGCAGCAGAGCUCUGGUGGGGAUGGUGAAGCCCUAUCACUUGGUGAGACCUGUAUCAGUGACCCUGGUUGCUAGCAGAAACCUGUCCCAGCAGAAGGACCUGCCCAGUCAGCCUGUCCCCCCUCUGCAGCAGACCUGUGACAUCUACCUCCAGUACAUGGAGCCCAUGUUGGAGGGGGACGAGCUGAAGCGAGCAAAAAAACUGGUUGAAGAGUUUCGUAAAAAAGGAGGGGUCGGAGAAAGACUGCAGAGAAGCCUGGAGAGGAAAGCAGAGAACUCUGAGAACUGGAUUACAGAGGAAUUUGUGAAGGUUGGAUUCAUCACCUCGCGGAAGGCUGUGGUGGGUUCGUCAAAUGCUGGGGGCCUCUUUCCCCGAGCAGACUACAGAGAUAAAAAGGGAAAAAUAAGGUUUACUGCCAAAUACAUCAAUUCUGUAAUGGAAGUAAAGAGAAUGAUUGACAGUAAUACACUACCAGAUGAGUACCUGAGAGGGAAGCUGCUGUGUAUGAAGCAGUAUGAGCAGCUGUUUUCAUCCUGUCGUAACCCUGGUCUGGAGACGGACACUUUGGACUACUACACUGACCAACACAUUGCUGUAGUACACAACGGUCAUUUCUUUAAGCUGGAAGUAUACAACAGUGAUGGGAGUCCACUGACAGUGGAUCAGCUCUGUGUUCAGCUGGAGAGGAUCAUCGACUCCUCACUAGAGGCCAACAUGGAGCCUAUUGGCAUCUUUACCACCCAGGACCGUGACAGCUGGGGCAAAGCCCACCACAACCUCAUCAAGGAUAAGACCAACAAAGAGUCACUGUCGGAUAUUCAAAGCAGCAUCUUCAUAGUGUGUUUGGAUCAAGCGAUGCCCCCAGUGUCUGAUGAGAUGUAUAGCAGCACUGCUUUUCGAGAGAUGAUGUAUGGAGGAGGCAGCCAUUCAAACAGUGGAAACCGCUGGUUUGACAAGGGGAUCCAGUUAAUUGUUGGAGAAGACGGGACAUAUGGCGCAAACCUCUCAAAUGCUUUUGCUGAUGGCGUAAUCCUAAUGUCCUUGGGUCACUUUUUUGAUGCAGGAUUAAAACUGCCAGAAGUGACGCGGUCUCCCAUGGAGCCUUUACCUGUGCCCCAGAAAUUACACUUCAACCUCACACCUGAGAUCAAGAAGGACAUUGUGGAGGCCAAGCAGCACAUGGACACACUGGCCCAAAACCUGGAUCUCAGCUCAACUAAAUUUGACCACUUUGGAAAAAAUCUCUUAAAGGCCUACAAGGUGCGCCCCAAUCCUUUUGUCCAGAUGGCGCUACAGCUGGCCUACUACAGGAUGAACCAGUGUAUCUGUCCAUCACUGGAAUAUGUGUCAAUGCGAACAUUCAAACUAGGACGUAUAGGUUUGAUGAGCUCAAACUCAUCUGCCUCUGCUGCCUUUGUCAAGGCCUUUGAUAACCCUAAAAUACAGAACCAAAAGAAGAUUGAUUUGUUGGAGAAAGCUUUCAAGGCACAUGCAUGGUCCACUGACAUGGCAUUGAGAGGCCAGGACAUAAUCUGCCACUUCUGGGGCCUGAGGCUGCAGGCUCUUGCGGAAAACAUCCCCAUGCCCGAAAUCUUUGCAGACGACUCCUUCGACAAAGUCUUUGACACCAAACUCGGUACAAGUUAUGUCAUAAACAGGGCUGGAUGUUUGCCAUGUUUUGGCCCUGAAAAACCUGGAAAAUACGAAGUGCUUUACAGUAUUAUGGACGAUCACAUUGAGUUUACCAUGGGUGCUCUUAAAACUUCCGAAAACGAAAAGGAAAUUAUUAAUGUAGCACAUUUUGCCCAAGUCGUGGAGGGAGCACUGUUGGACAUGAGGACCCUGCUGGAACAAACUAUAAAAAGCUAA